GCUGCGGGGCGGCGCGGCGGCGGCAGGGCACCUGCGGCGGCGGUGGGCGCGGGAGGCGGCGCCGCGCGGCUGGGGCGUCCGCAGCGCUGAGAGGGCAGGCUCGGCCCCGCCGCCGCACAGGCCUCCCGCCGCCGCUCGGCCUCCCCGCGGCGCCUCGCAGCGCCGGUUCCGCACCCACAGAGGCGCCCGGCGUCAGCGGACCUCCAUGUACGACAAUUUGUACCUGCAUGGAUUUGAAGACUCGGAGGCGGGCUCAGCAGAUUCAUACACAAGCAGACCCUCAGACUCUGAUGUCUCUUUGGAAGAAGAUAGGGAAGCAAUCCGCCAAGAAAGAGAACAACAAGCAGCUAUACAACUUGAAAGGGCAAAGUCCAAACCAGUAGCAUUUGCUGUUAAGACUAAUGUGAGUUACUGUGGAGCUCUGGAUGAAGAUGUUCCUGUCCCAAGCACUGCCAUCUCUUUUGAUGCCAAGGACUUCCUACACAUUAAAGAGAAAUAUAAUAAUGACUGGUGGAUAGGAAGGCUGGUUAAGGAGGGCUGCGAGAUUGGCUUUAUUCCAAGCCCACUUAGACUGGAGAACAUCCGCAUUCAACAGGAGCAGAAGCGAGGACGUUUCCAUGGAGGGAAAUCAAGUGGAAAUUCUUCUUCAAGUCUUGGAGAAAUGGUUUCUGGCACAUUUCGAGCCACACCUACUUCCACGGCAAAACAGAAACAAAAAGUGACAGAACACAUUCCCCCGUAUGAUGUAGUGCCAUCAAUGAGACCUGUUGUCUUGGUGGGUCCAUCACUGAAAGGCUAUGAGGUGACAGACAUGAUGCAGAAAGCUCUCUUUGACUUCCUGAAGCACAGGUUUGAUGGGAGGAUAUCAAUAACUAGAGUGACAGCUGACAUUUCUCUUGCUAAGAGGUCUGUUCUAAAUAAUCCCAGCAAGAGGGCAAUAAUUGAGCGGUCAAAUACAAGAUCCAGUUUAGCUGAAGUACAGAGUGAAAUUGAAAGAAUCUUUGAGCUGGCAAGGUCCUUACAACUGGUUGUCCUAGAUGCAGACACUAUCAAUCACCCUGCACAACUUAUCAAGACAUCUUUAGCACCAAUUAUUGUCCAUGUUAAAGUGUCGUCUCCAAAGGUUUUGCAGCGACUGAUUAAAUCUAGAGGAAAGUCACAAAGUAAACACUUGAAUGUUCAGUUGGUGGCAGCUGAUAAACUUGCACAAUGUCCACCAGAAAUGUUUGAUGUAAUUUUGGAUGAAAAUCAGCUUGAAGAUGCUUGCGAACACUUGGCAGAAUAUCUUGAGGCAUACUGGCGUGCUACUCACACCACCAGUAGCACACCCAUGACUCCUCUCCUUGGGCGAAAUUUAGGAUCCACUGCACUUUCACCAUAUCCUGCUGCAAUCUCUGGAUUACAGAGCCAGCGUAUGAGGCACAGCAGCCAUUCUGCAGAGAACUCUCCAAUUGAGCGACGAAGUCUAAUGACCUCAGAUGAAAAUUACCACAAUGAAAGGGCUCGGAAGAGCAGGAACCGCUUGUCUUCCAGUUCCCAACACAGCCGAGAUCACUAUCCUCUAGUGGAAGAAGAAUACUCUGACUCAUACCAGGACACUUACAAACCCCAUAGGAACCGAGGAUCCCCUGGAGGAUAUAGCCAUGAUUCACGACAUAGGCUUUGAGUUCAAGAACCUGGGGAAAAAUAGUAUUCAUCAGUUGAUAACUUGCCAUAACGUAGCUAGGAAAAAAAAAAAAUCAUCUUAAUUUGGCAGAUGUAACACGGUUAUACUGAAGUUGCACUCUGCUCUCAUUUGAUGUUAAGUAGGGGGCAAAAAAAAGUUACCAUGCCCUUACAUUUAUGCCCAAUCAUAUAGAUUGUUUUUUGGAUAUAUAUUUUUUUUUUAGUACAGCAUUUGCCAUUUAUAGCCAUACUUUUUCUUGUCGUUAGAUAUUAGACACAUCCAUUUGUAAUUUAGGGUACUUAUCAAGGCACUUAUAAAAUAAUUUCCGGUGCUGGAAAUUCCAAAUGACCAGUUCCAGUUGGAACCAAUUUAUAAACCAAUUCCUGUUGGAAUUCGGGUGAAUUGACUGGAAAGUCGACUUGAGCAUGUUGCAAUCAGUUGAAAAAAAAAAAAAAAAGAAAAACAACAAAUGAAAAAUCUGAAAAUUACAAUCCACUAGAAGCCAGAAAGUCAGCUACAGUAUUUGUUUGCUGGAAGCUCAAUUUACAUUUCAAGUUAGAAUAAAAGGAUUUAUUCUAACUACUUAUUUCCAGAAUGGCUUUUUCAGACAAACCAAAUGUAAACUAUUGAGAGUGCCAAAUAUCACAAAUUAUUGCAGCAGUUACAGAAUCCUUUCCAGUUUGAAAUUAUUUUUAGACUUGGCAUGAAUGUUGCAGCAAAAUGAUUUCUUUCGUUUAGCCAGUACUGACAUUUUUGUUGCGGUCAGCAAUGAUGAACUAUGGCAGGAUAAGGGGAAACAGAAACAGGGAAAUUAACAAACUUAAGGAUAGUUUGUGUGGUUAGAGGUUGAGAAUUGUCGUCUUUUUUAAAAUUUUUAUUUCUUGUUUACCUAAAUACAGCUAGUAGUCCCAAAAUGGAACAUGAGUGUAUAGAUACGUUGUAUUUUUUCUCCCAUUUUUAGUAUUCUGCAUUUUUAAUGGAAAACAAUACACUCUUCUUACCCAGUGUGUAGAGCACCUACAUUCCAGUACAUCUGAGUACCUACCUGUAUGUUACAUCCUUCAAAAUCCAUCUUUGAAUGUCUGAAAAUUCCAGCAUCGCACAAGAACUCUCCAGAAGAUCAGUUUAAAUUUCACUGAUCUGAGGGAAGGGAGUGGAGUUAAAUAUUCAUAAAUGAUGAACAUUUAAAAUAACGUAUUGGUCAGAAUUAGCUUGCAAUAAAACUGGAGUAUCGGAAAAAAAUUGCUCACAGUAGAGUUGUAGAGCUGAUGUUGUUGAUUCAAAGAACUAUGAUAAAUAUUGGAAGAUACUGCUGCCUUACUUCCUAACAAUCACUUCAGUUUCUUUGAAUAGAUAAAUUUAUGUGAUCAGACCUUAUGUCUUACAUGAUUGGUGAAGCCUUAGAUCCAGUAUGAUUGAAAAAAUUUACCAUAAUUGACCAUUUUGUACAACCCACUGAUAUCUUGAAGCAGACUCCUGAAAUUCCCCACUGCGUGCAUUUUCUAAAACUGACAGAACUACGCUGAACGUGCAUUUUUUUUUUAAUGCAGGUUCAUGUCAAAACCAUGUUUUUCAAAAAUGAGGAUCAUUAACUUUUAUAUUUGCUUAUUUUCUUCCCAAAGCCUGCUAAACAUAGGCUUUAAAAGCAUGUAGCACUAAAUGAAUUUCCUGAAUAUUACAGUUUCUUCUACUUUCUGGACCAGUUAGCAAAGAUCACUGGUAUUUUCCACUACCAUUGAGUCUGGUUAUCUUCUUGACAUUAACAAUGAGAAAAGUAAUUCAUCUCAUACCUGGUACAGCCAAAAAUUUUGUACAUCUCUAGCAGCAUUAAAAGAUUGCAGAUGCAUGAUUAAUUUUUGAAACAACUUCACUGGCUAAAAGGCAGCCUUCAGCACCACUAGAUGAUUGGAAUGGGCCAUUUACCAAGAAAAAAAGAAGAUAUCUGCAUCCAUUGGAGUAACAGAGUUAAGAAUGGGUAUGACAGACCUGAUCCUGUCAGAUUUUCUCAGGCUGAAUGUCUGCAGAUUCCAAAAGAGCGUUUAGGCUGAGAAAGCGCGGCAAGAUCUGGUCUGGGAAUGGUGGCUUCAGCUGCCUUCUCUUAAUAUUUUCUGCUAUAGCACAGUGGAGCAUUCUCCAGUAAUUUUUACAAAUCUUUGUUACAUGUACAGCACACAUACCUGCAUGAGAAAGAAGGCAUUAGGCAAAACAUUUUUUUCUAUAAGCUUUAAUAAGUUUCUUGUUUGUGUGCAUUAAAGUAUUAAUUGCAAAGGAUGCACUGAGAUGUAUAAACCUAGAUUAGACAGCUGUUUAUCUUUAUUCUGUAGUAGCGUUAGGGAUCAGAUCAUUUAACUGCUUGAAGAUAUUUGCAUUUUAAUGGCAGAUAGCUGCGAAGCACCUACAUAUAUUUUCUAGUAAACAAAGUUACUGCUUUAUCAUUUCCUAGACAAAAAUGUCAUUUAUUUCGAGAGCCUUUUGGAGCCUUGUUUUUAAGUCUUCCAUGUCACGCUAGUAAAGGGAAAGAUCUACACAACGCGUAUGCACAAAUUCCAUCACCUGCAACAUCUGAAGUGCCAAAACUUUGUUUGUUCUAAUAAAAACAAGCUUGUGAGGGAAGUCAUGUAUUGUCUUGAAAGAACACAUCAAGGUCCUUUAUUAUGUGGGUUUACGUUUACUUUACUACUGUAUGUAAUCAGUUUACCCUCUCCUCUCCCACGGCCUAUUCCAUUUUAAUAUAAGAAACCAGUUAGAAGUGAUCCAGCAGGUCUCCUUGCUUGCUGUUUUUUUUAUUCUUUGAAGAUAGAUAUAUCUUUAAGUACAAAUAUACUAAACAUGCUAAUAGAUCAUUAAUUUAUUCUAGAUACAAGCUAUGGGAACGCUUUAUUUUACAAAGUAAAUUAUUUUUAGGAAACACGGUAAUCCGUAAAAGCUGCAAUGUUGAUCAGGACAUGUUAACUCAUAGUAUUUGUAUUAGAACUUCAGCAAUGCUAGCCAGCUGUAUUGUGAUUUAUUAUGCAAUGGCGCUAUAUAAAAUUGUGAAGUUCAUGUAUUCCUGAAUGAAUACGAGUAAGACUAAUUUUCCAGUCCUUGUACCAUUUCUUCUGGUUAUUAAAAUAUUAUUAAAGAUCA